CGGUUUAUGCGCAUGCGUGGUCAGUGCAUCCUGUUUUAUUACAUUUUUUUCCAGGCGAAAAUGGCUGCCUCUCUCAUCUAAAUCUCUGCUGAAAGGAUUAAAUGAGCGUGAAAUAGGUAGCCGAAAUCAAAGUCCCUCUUCAACACAACACUCAUGGACGCCAGGGCGUAGUUUGUGCAGCGGCUUCACAAAGAUGUGUGGCUGCCAGAGGAGGAAAAGGUAUGCGAUCCGAAAUUAACCCUUUCCAUCUAACAUCCACCAACAAAUAAGAUAAUGAUGCAUCAAGUGAAUAGCAGCAACAGUGACUUUUGUAUGAGUGAACUGGCAGAAGACUGUCAUCCAGCCAGCCACUUUGAUUUAUGUAGCACACAAUCCAAAUUCUACCCUUCUCCGACUGCUCCUGGUCUGCCGCUGUCCCUUGCCAGCCUAGCCCCUUUGCCACAGGGCAUGCACAAGGCCAUGGUAUGUCAAAUGCAAGACACCCAGAAUGACUUCCAGCCUCAGACGGUGAGAAUCAGGGGCGGUGAGGCUGCAGGGCCUGAUGGCUCUAAGAAGAAGAAGGGCAUAGCGAAGUCGGGCCGGAGAGGAAGGCCAUCAGGGACCACAAAGUCAGCCGGUUACCGUACAAGUACUGGGCGUCCACUUGGGACAACUAGGGCAGCUGGAUUCAAAACCAGCCCAGGGAGGCCCCUUGGUACCACCAAAGCAGCCGGAUAUAAGGUCAGCCCCGGCAGGCCCCCCGGCAGCAUCAAGAGUCUAGCUCGGCUCAAGAAGCUGGAGUUUGGUUGCGACGGUGCCAAGAAACUUGACUUUAGCAACUGUAGUGUUCCCAAGAAACUAGACUUCACUGGCUGUGAUGUUCCACCUUUUCCAUACGCAAUGAUGGAGAAAAGACCCCUCUGUGAGCCCAGUGCCAAGGUGGCUGAAAGCAGCGAAUAGUUCUCCAGUUGUAGAAAAACAUUUCAGUGCAUGAGCAAGAAGAUGCUUAGGAAAACAUUUCUCCCAAAUGUCGGGGGGGGGCAAGAACCUUUUGCCAUUUAGAAAAUGGCUCUGAUUGAGUGUUUGUACAGUGUUUGACAUUGUCUUCAUCCUCUCAUAAUAAAUGACUGAAUUAGUAGUAUGUUAUUACAGUUGGGCAGAGAUGCAUGCAUGACUUUAUCACGCCAAUCGGUAUAUGCAAAAAAUGUAUUCAUCAUUUUGUUGUCAAACCUCACUAGAGAGUGAAUCUUUUUACCUUCAAGCAUUUCGUACCUAAUAGGACUUUUCUUUUUUUUCUGCUUUAACAUUUCUAUGGCAGGGUUCUUGUGAUAUUUUCUACAUUUAUAAAAAGUCCUUUUUAGUACAAAUGAUGUAUAGUUGUCCUUUCCGUGUUGUCCAGUUCAAUAUGCGUUUCAUUUUGUGAUAUCCUGCAUCAUUCCUAUAACGGGGUACACUGCGCUACAGUUUGAAUUAGCUUGAACUGGUAAAACUCAAUACCUGAUAUCCUUUUGAACACAAUAUUUUUUAUUUCUGCACUUAGUGAAUAUAGUUUUGAUUAUGUAUUGUAACAGCCUGUUUUCAAAUUCCCUAGAUAGGCAGAUUGACAUGUAUGUUGUUACGCUGUUUAUUAUGAAAAAAAUAAUUAAACAAAAAAUGCUUUGUGGUUUAUGUAAUAAAUGCUACUGUGCUGUUUGUGAAACCAAAAUAAAACAAAGAAAUUGUCUUUU